AUUAUAAUGCUUGCGAUAAUUGAAUCAGCGACUAAGUGCCCUUCUCCGCCGCGGACAUCCGUUGCAAACGGCGGCAGCCAUUUAACUUACUAGAUUCCAGUAAUGCCGAAGAAGAGUAACGGAAAUUCUGACAACCACGACAGAGAUGAGCCGGAGGAUUUCGUCAUACCAUCUUCCAGUGCCGAAUCACAAGAUGCCGAUGAAACCGACGAAGAAAGCGACGACGUACAGAAUGUUCACAAGGAGUAUGUAAGCGAUACGGACAAAGAAGACGAAGAAGAGGAGGAGGAAGAAAAAGUCGAGAGCAGCAAAGUCGGUAAUACUAAUAGCCGGGGAAGGGAGGAGGAUUUGGAAGUACAGAAGAAGGUUUAUAGAAGAAAGGGGAAGAAAAUAGUGGAUGGUUGUGGGCUGAGCGAGAGUGAAAACUUGAAAAUAUAUACGAGAAAGAAGAAGAUGAUAGAAAAAGAAAAGGAGGUUGAAGAAAAGGAGCGAAAUGUUGGUGCAAAAAUAGCUACAAGCAAAAACGAUUACAGUGAGAAAAAUAUGAAUGCAAAGAAGGAAGAUAAAGUGAAUGAAGGUAAAACGGCAAAGAACAAUGGAGAUUCUAGUCGUGGAGGCAAAAAUGAAAAGAGGAACAACAAGGAUGAGAGGAGGGAAGUAGAAGGAGAAACAAAACUAGCAAAAAAGGGAAAGAGCAAUGGAGGUUCUAGUCAUGGAAGUGUAAUUAAGAAGGAAGAGAACAAGAAGAAGAAAAGGACAGAUGAAAGAGAAAGAGAAAGAGAAAGAGAAAGAGAAAGAGAAAGAGAAAGAGAAAGACAAUCAGCAAAGAAGGCCAAGAUCAAUGGUGAUUCGAGUCAGUUGAAAAAAGAAGAGAAAAAUAUGAAGAAGACACAAAAUAAGAAGGAAGGAGAUGAAGAGGCUGAAGAAAAUCUAGUGAAAAAAUCAAAUAGUAAUGGAGUUGCAAGUCCUGCUAAAAAGGAGAAGAUGAAAAGGGAGAAGGAAAAGAAGGGUAAAACAAACAAUGGCAAGGUAAAAGAUGAAGCAAUUAGCAACGGUACCACCAAAAAGAAUGAGGAGAAGAAAUUGAAGGCGAAGAGGAAAAGGGAGGAUGAUGAAGAGGAGGAAGAUGAGAAGAGUGAGAGUGCGCUUUACCAAUUUCCCCACAAUCGAGUUCAUCGGAUAAUAAAAAAUGAAAAUACUGAGAUUAGGAUGUUACACGAAGCAACCUUUCUUGUUAACAAAGCUACGUGAUGAAGGAAAAAAAACAGAGCAACUGAAGAAGAACAAAACUCAAUAAGAACUGAGGAAGAAGAACAGAAAAGAUUGCACGAGGAAGAAGAGUCGAGGAGCAGCAAAAAAGAGGUAUACCUCAGGUCCUCAGUGCAGCAGCAACUCGAAGUCUCGAAGAGACGCGACCGUCGAGGGGAAGUGGAGUCGGGGAGAAGAGAUCGCGAGGGGAAGAGGAGUCGUGCAGCAGCAAAUUUUGAAAAUAGAAAAAAAACCCUAAUUUUGACUAAUACUGUUAAGUCAAAUCUUUUUUAAAAAAUUAAAUCAAAAAGGCUCCGCCAUUAGAUCGCCAUGGGUUGCCAUGGGUCACUUUUUGUAUGUCGUCUCGCCUCAGUGUGGAAUAGCGAGAAGGGCUCGCCUCGCCUCUUGCAUUUGGCGAUGAGGCGCUUGCCAUUCACAACAGUGGUAUGCACCGACUCAGAGGUAUGAUAAUGCGAUGACUGAAGAAGGUAAUAGACUCUUAUUAGACCUGUUGUAAAAAAAAACUCUUAUUAGACCUAUGAUAUCUCGGCUUAAAUAUUGAAUUGGCUAAGAAAAGACAAAAUGAAAGCAAUUCAUAUAGGUGAUGCCAAUUAGUUGGGAUUAAGGCUUAGUUGUCUUACACUUAUAAUAAGUCUGGUUUUCAUAGGGAGUCCUUUUGUCGUGUUAGAGACUUAUGCCCGUAUUACUGAUAAGUGUGUGGUUUAGAGAACCUCUAGUUCGGGAGAUCUCCUUAUUUGCCCCUUUAGACGGCACUGGAAUCAAGUGAAAUUGAAUAUAAGUAUAGAACAAUUUUUUUUGGAUUCAUGAAUCUGACCUCAGUCAAUUUGAGGUUGAGGCAUAACUGUUGAUUGAAUUAUUGGAGAUUGCAGAAGCUGCUUACCCGUGUGAGAUUUGGACUGGGCUGCUAAAGGCAUACAUGAUUUGGCCUAAUAUCACAAAUGGAACUCCUUUUUUUUUUCUUUUGAGAAAGUAAUGAAAGUCUCUUUUUCAACAGGGAUAAUAGCAUAAGUAUAAAUAGGAACUUAUUGAAGCCACGACAAGUAAUAUGGAACAUAGCUUUGAAUAUUAUUCACAUCCUUGAGCUAAAGAUGAUCUUAGAAAUACCAUAUGCUUAGCUGGCCUGAACCAAUCCAUGCCUUACUUUCUCUAGCAUCUAAUUGUGUUGGUGAAAUCUUCAUGUCUCUCAUGCAUUGAGGAGUAAGACUGGUGGAACAUGGAAAUCCUUGUUUCAAAGUCCAUUGAAUUGGGUAGAUGCUUCAUAAGUUCAUAUAUUUGGCAAUUUACUAGUGUCCUUUUUUGGACCAGAAAACAUCUAUGAUGCUUUCUGAUUUUUUAUGUUGUGUCAGUGUUGCUUUUCUUUUCUCUGGUAAUUUAGUUGCACCAAAUUAGUUAAUUAUUGUAGUCCAGGUUUAUAUCAUUUUCUCUCUACAACAUUUUACUUUAUCAGCAGAGACUAUUUGAAAUGAUUUUACUGAGCAUUGAGGUGUAGAUUCUUUACUUUGAAACUGUAGUAGCAUUAUGUUGAUCAUUAUAUGAUCAAGAUAAGAAUUUCGCUCAGAAGUGUAAGAUCCGUUUCUGGUGAAUUGCUUGCUUCGAAACAAUUUCAUUGUUCCUUCCUUUUUCCUGUCAUAUUUUCUUUAGCCUUGGUUGUUUCACUGUAAAUUUUCUUUUGUUUUUAUGUUAUUGGUUCUUCUUUGCCCCUUCCAGCAUCUUGUUUUUUUUUUUGAACAUUGGUAAAGUUGUAUUCUUUAGCAUUAAGCACAUGCUGGCCAGCUUAAAAAAUUCACAGCCUUAACCAAAUUUACAAGCUCCCUAUUAAUUUUAUAAUUUGAUCUACAUUUUCCAUACAGAGCUGUUUACACACAAAAAAGUAAAGAUACAAAACAAUUCUAUUUUACUUUGUGAACGGAAUGAGAUCUAUCUUCAAAACAUCUCCCAUUUCUUUCCUUCUGCACUGACCACCAUAUGCAUGAUGGUAUUAGCUUGCACCACUUCUUUUGAGUCUUGCUAUACCCCCCUUCUGAUCCAACAUUUAAAAAUAUCAGAAGUGUGUUCUGGCGUAGUCCAGCUGCAGCCUGUGAUGUUGAGAAGCAGCUCCCAAAUCUGUGUGGUGAAUUUGCAAUGUAAAAAUAGGUGUUCGUUUGUUUCCCCAGUCAAAUUGCAUAGGAAACAACUAGGGACUAGUUGCUUUCCUUUCUUCUGCAACACUUCUUGAGUUAAGCCUGCUCUUUUGAUGACUAACCAAGUGAAGCAUUUCACUUGGUGGGGAUUAGUUUGAAUAGGACUUCAGAUUAAGAUUAAGCCUAAGCCCAGGGUUUUUUAAGUGAAGUAAGCUGUCUAUUUGGAUUUGUGCUUUCAGCCUAUUUGUCUUAGGUGGUCUUCUGGGUUGUGUUAUAAGGAGAAUGAAGGCAAAUAAGAAAAGAAAAGGAUAAAGGAUUUGCUUUUGAGUUGAUUAAUUUCAAAGCUUGUGCAACAACAACAUAAAGUGUGAUCCCACAAGUGGGUUCCAGGAAGGCUGGGGUGCACGCAAACCUGACCCCUACCUACUCUUUCUGAUCGACUAUUUCAAAGGUUGUGGAAGUUAUUAAUUUUGUAACUGGAGUAGUUAAGUAUCAGUAGCAUUAGUUUUUGUCUGCAUGUUAACUUGCUACACAUGUUUACAAUGUC